AUGUCAAUGUCAUUCCAUGACAUGGCAAGAUCAAAAAAAAUCUGUAUAUUCGGUAUAAGCCGUGUCGGACGGAGCUUUAAAUUGGUUAAUCUUCUAAGAUGGGCCCACGACUUCAACGUAAGCUUGUGGUUCAUAACAAGUGGAGGCAAAGCUACAGGAAUAAAACUUAUAGCUGAACUAGUAACAUGCGAACACAAUGUCCAACAAUGGUCCAUCUCUAUUGAUAUCCUUUUAUCUCCAAUUAUAAAAGCAGUUAGGCGUAUUGUCGUCUACCUAUCAAAGAUUCAUGCAUUGGAAAAAUAUGUAAGGUGGAAACCGUAUCCUUGUCAUAGGUCCAAUCUAGGUAUAGCAUAUAUGUCAAGUCCUUUUGGCACUUGUCAAUUAUUAGAAGUGGCUGAGAGAAUGAUUUAUAAUCUGAGCAUAUUGCAGCAUAAAUGUAACCUGUCCUUAACACUAAAAUGUAAAUACGGUCAUCGCAUUGCCUGGCAGCCUGGAAAACAAUCAUUGAUGGUAUCUAUAAAAAUAAAUUUCAGUCAUAGUUGCUGUAUUUACAAAAAUACGGUCCAAAAAGACAUUGACAUUAGAGCUUCCAUCCCGGCAAAAAAAAAAAACAUUUAG